GGUUCGGUGUUGCUGAGAUACUUCAAGUGCUCACCCGACUCCCCCAAGUCUUACCAGUUUCAGACCAUUAACAGCGGCGAGGGCAACCCAGAUGGCAUUGCUUUUGCCAUCGUCCAUGAAGAGGAUCAGCCUUUGUGGAAGAGCCACGGCAUUGUCUACACCAAUUCCAGGCAUUAUUUGCUCCCCGGGUACGAUGAGAAGAAAGCUGCCCUUGUUGCCCAGCAUCAGGAGGCUACGGAGGAAGAAAAGGUCCAUCGCAAUAUUAAUGCCACCACAGAGAACAUAAAGUUUCGUCGUUAUGGCCUUGAGGAUGGUCCCGACAUGGAAAUCUUUGGCCUGUAUGGGAAUAUCUCUCGCAUUGUUGUCCCUGGCGAAUGGCAGAAGAAGAAACACGAGAGCCCCAUCCUCGUCGGUUGCAAUAACACCCCCAGUGUUAAGCACACCCCUGGCCUCCACUCCCCCAUCGCUGUAUUCGAGACCCUUCCCGGUGACGACCGCGUCCAGUACAUCUCGUGGUUCCGGAUUGAGGAGAUUGAGUUGUUUGCCGCCAACUCUGCUGCGCUGGCGAAGAACUUGCACCAAGUCGGGAUGGACGGUGGUGUGGAUACCGAGUGGGCGACUUUGAAGUUGUCCAAAAUUUUGCCGGGUGACGCCCAGUAUAGGCGUUAUCCGAGCUGGGGAAAGACUGAGAAGAGGCAGUUCAAGCUCGGACAAGAGAUUGAGCACUUGCGCGCGGUGGAGGACAAGGGCUCGGACGAGGAAGGUCUCGCGGGGGAGCGCGAGAUCAACGUGGCCGGGCAGCCGGUCGCGGACGAGCAAGCGCUCGUGAGCGAGGAGACUGGCGCGGUGGUCCCUGCUGAGACGAAGGAGGAGGAGGAGGAUUUGGUGGAGUUGGUCCGUGUGCUUUCUGAGGACGAGCGGAUGCAGGCCUUGGUCAAACAGGCCGAGGACGUUUUGACGGCUCGUGAGAAGGAGCGUGUGGUGGAGGAUGUGGUGGAGGAGAAGGAGGAGUAA